GUCCUCAGCAUGCGUUCAUUUUAGUUCUAUUUGGUUCUAUAAAGAAAUUACAGAUUCACAGAAGAGAGAUAGAUUUAGCAACAAUGCAUAGGAGAAACUGAGAUAUAAAAGUCUCUGGAAACUGUCAAAAUCGUUUUAAAAACUUAAAGGGACAGACAGAAUUAUUUCUCUUCCUCUUACAUUUUUUGAAAGGAGGUAUCAGCAUCUGUUUCGUCCAGAUCCUCAUUAAAAUACAUAUAAAAAUGGCUUUUGGAGAUUUAAAAACAGAAAAGGGAGUUAAGGAGCUCAACUCCUUCCUAGAAGACAAAAGCUAUGUUGGAGGCUAUAUCUUAAGCCAAGCCGAUGUAAACGCUUUCAAUCAGCUUCCAAAAGCUCCAGCUGCCAAUUUACCCCAUGCUUUACGUUGGUACAAUCACAUCAAAUCUUUCUCAGCUGAUGAGCUUAAACAGGCCGGAGUCUCAGGUAACCCCUUGAAAUCUGCUCCUACCACCACAGCACCUGCCAAGGAUGAUGACGAUGAUGAUGUUGAUCUAUUUGCCUCCGACGAAGAAGAAGAUGCUGAAGCAGCUAAAGUACGUGAAGAAAGACUUAAAGCCUAUGCAGAAAAGAAAUCCAAGAAACCUGAAUUAAUUGCCAAAUCUAGCAUUGUACUUGACGUAAAACCAUGGGAUGAUGAGACUGACAUGAAAGAAUUAGAAAAAGUAACCAGAACAAUUGAAAUGGAUGGUCUCAUCUGGGGAGCAUCAAAACUCAUGCCAGUAGGAUAUGGUAUCAACAAACUGCAAAUUAUGUGUGUUGUUGAAGAUGCCAAAGUAUCUAUUGAUGAAUUAGUGGAGAAGAUUCAAGAAUUCGAAGACUACGUUCAAUCUGUAGAUAUUGCUGCGUUCAACAAAAUUUAAACAACUGGUACUAUAUUUCUUAUGUAUUUUUAUGAAUUAAAGCAAUCAUUUUAAAUUUAAAA